CCUUGCCAAGUCAUUGAGCAAACCUUUUUUUUUUGGUUAGAAACUCUGAGAAAAGCCGCACAUGUUAUGACUAAAUGGAUCAAUGUUUAUGACAAAGUAAUCGUCACAACCGCAAUCUCUUCCCCGAUCGUAUGUAUUGGGGCUCGAUGAGCAGCUCUUUAUUUUUGUUGACUAGUCUCCCAAGAAAGCUCGGAUCGAUCGGUCGAUCAUGGUGGCGCCCGGGUAUGAGGUGAUAAUCUUGGGGAACUCAAGUGUCGGAAAAUCUUCUCUGCUUUCAUGUUAUGUAAACGGAAAAAUCCCAGAGGAAAGCCAACCCACUGUGGGCGUGGAGUUCCUGGUGAAGACUAUAGCUGAGCCCGAAAUAAAUGCAAAACUAAAGAUCUGGGAUACGGCGGGUCAGAAGCGUUUCAGGGAUAUAUUACGAAAAAAUUACACAAACUUUCCAGGUGCCCUUUUGGUAUACGACAUUCACAAUCGAGAUAGCUAUGACGCCGUGCAGGAAUGGACCUUGGAACUUACAGCUAGGAAAGUUAUACCGAGAAUAGUUAUUGCCUUGGUAGGCCACCAGGCUGAUGUUCUCGAGGAUCGAGUUGUAGCUACAGAAGAGGCUGAAAGAUUUGCCAAAAGAAACGGUUUGAUCUUCUGGGAAACCUCUUCAGUUACAAAUUUAAACGUCAACAGGUGUUUUAUGGACGUUGCAAUUGGUAUAAGAAAUGCCAGAAUCUGCAGUUGCUUUGAGGCAUUAUUGCAUAAAAAACAAUCAAAUUGGUAUUUGUAACAUAUAAUAAUAGAUUUAUAAAUAAAAAUUAUUUCAUAAUACUCAUUGCA